AUGCACAAAAUUUCGGAAUCUGAAAUUUGGCUAGCCAAUUCAGCAACAAAGAAGACAAAUAAUCAACAUCUUGAUUGCAUUAAUUGCACCAAUUUAGCGUUGAAGUUGGGAUCCAAAUUAUGCCGAAGUCUGCCCGCUUUCCAUGCAUUUACAAAUUUCGAUUACAUGGCAGCAUUUUACAACAAAGGAAAAGUAAAACCUUUUAGGUUAUUUUUGAGAAAAGAAAGGUACCAAACAGUUUUUGCUUCAUUAACUGAUGAAGCCGAUAUUUUUAUAAACGAAAAAAUGGACACCGUUCAAGAGUUUACUGCUAAUGAUUAUUUAAAACCAACACGGUUUAUUGGGGAUCAAACACCUUUAAUAAUAGAAGAAACAACAGCAAAAGAAAGCGAUGACGAAGAAUCUUCCGAAGUUGAAGAUCAAAAUUUUUCUUAUGAUGAAUCAGAUUUCGAAUAA